GCGGAAACGGUACGCGGUUGCAGUUCACAGAAAGGCCACAUAGUAUUUCUGUAGACUUUAUACGAUUAUAAAGUUCGAUUAAUAGGAAUAAUUCGCGUUACACUGUGUGUUAUUGCGUGUUAUAAGAUCUGAUGUGAUUUGCUUAAAUAAUACGUUAAAGCUUGCCUAGCAUUGAAGAGUCUUAUAGCUAUAAUAACUGAGAGAGGUCUGUGUUAAAUUCAAAGCAUUAGUAUGGGUUCGAACAAACGUCAUAAAGCUGAGAAAUCUCGCGAUACCAAAAAGAAACGUCAUCGCAGUCGUUCUAGGAGUUAUACACCUGACCGCGAGAAAUCUGAGAAGCACAGGCAUCACAAGAAACAUAGAAGGAAAGAGCGCAAGGAUUAUGACAGUGAUGUUGAAAUUGUCAAUGCUCCACCGCCACCAAAAAUAUCAAAGUCAUCACACCCAUCGACGCCCCCACCACCCGAAAUCUCUAAACAGCGUAGCCCAUCUCCUGUGAAAGGUGGAGCAUCGCAAGUUUCACUAUCUAUCGAGGAAACCAACAAGCUUCGUGCAAAGUUGGGACUGAAGCCAUUAGAGGUUGAUAAUAAUACACCGAAAGAGGAUCCUAACAAAAUCAAAGAUGAUUUAGGAGAGUUUUAUCAUAAACCAGCGCUAAAUAACAAUGAAAAGGUUAGAGCGCAGAAACUGAGAGACAAGAUAAGUACUCAGAAAGAAAAGAGACAGAUUGAGGCAAAUUUGUCAAAGCUGAAAUCUUUGGGUGAAUGUGACUCCGAAGAUGAUACUCAUGCAUGGAUCACUAAAUCUAGACAUUUGGAGGAAGAAAAGAAAAAAGCAGAGAAGAGAGCAAAGAUGUUAGAUCAGUUGGAUGAAGAAUUCGGAAUUGGUAAUUUGGUCAAAGAAGAAAUACAUAGUGCCCGUAACACAGCAUAUACAGAGAAGGAUUUGAAGGGUCUCAAAGUUGAACAUAAUAUUGAAACACUUGAGGAAGGCAAAACGGUGAUAUUAACACUGAAAGAUCAGGAAGUAUUAAAUGAAAACGAUGAUUUACUUGUAAAUGUCAAUAUGAUCGAUAACGAACGUUACAAGCGUAGCGUUUUAAACAAGACUAAGAAAUCUACAUACGAUCCGUAUGCUGAUGAAAAUUUCGAUGAAUAUGGAUUUUCUAAAAGUACAGUUUUAGAAAAAUACGAUGAGGAAAUCGAUGGCGAGAAAAAAGAUAACUUUGUAUUGGGCUCUAAUAAUGUGGAAGUAAAGCGGCGCCAAGUAGAAACAGUGAAACAACGUUUAGCAAAUAAAAGAUUGGAAAGUCUGCAAAUGGCAGAACCGAAACUGGCAAGUGAAUAUUAUAAUGAGGAGGAACUUGCAAAGUUCAAGAAGCCGAAAAAGAAGAUUCGAAAAAUUAGAAAGAAACUCAAGGCCGAUGAUUUAGUUCCUGUCGACAAUGAUUAUCUUAGAGAUCUUGGAAGUAGAAGAAAGAAAAAACCGGAAGAUUCAAAGGAUAACGAUGCUAUAUUGGACGUUGAUGAUCUAGAAGCUCCUACAGAAGAUCUGACUGGAGUAAAGCUUGAAGAGGAUGAUAAAGAAUUGGAAUUACAAUUAGCCUUGAAGAAAGCUCAACGUUUGAAGGAAGGACAUCCAGCCGGCAUGCAGAAAACUAUUGAGACACUAAAGCAAGAAAUCCUUAGUGCAGAGGAAAAUCAGGCUGGGAAUAUUGUUCUCAAUUCGACUGCUGAGUUUUGUAGAACGUUAGGUGAUAUUCCUACGUAUGGACUUGCUGGAAACAGAGAAGAAAAUGGACAAGAACUCAUGGAUUUCGAACUGGAUGGUGUUAAAGACGAGCCAUCUAUGAAUGAGGAUGAGGACGAUGGGCGUGGUGCUUGGAACACAGUGCAUUUAGAUGAGAAUAUCUCAGAACCAGUUAUAAUGGAGGCAGCGAUAUUAGAUGCUGAGCCGUCGCUCGGGCAAGGAGUAGGCGGAGCGUUACAGUUAGCUAUGAGCAAAGGCUACUUACAGAAAGAGGAUAGCAAUCGGCCCUCAGCAUCACGAUUUGCACAUUUGCAAGCUCAGAAUUAUUCGAUAGAAGACAAAACCUAUGGAGAUGAUGACAAAUUCGGCAGAAGAGAUCGUUUCAACGGACCGACAUCUGACUUCAAAGAAAAGGAUGGUUUCAAACCGAACGUCAAGCUUGAGUAUAUCGAUGAUGACGGCCACGUGUUGAGCGCCAAGGAAGCUUUCCGAUAUCUGUCGCAUAAAUUUCAUGGGAAAGGCCCAGGAAAAAAUAAGGUGGAAAAGAGGAUGAAGAAAGCUGAACAAGAAGUUUUAAUGAAAAGGAUGUCUUCGACAGACACGCCUUUAGGUACACUGAAUUUAUUGCAAGCGAAACAAAAGGAAACUCAAUCACCAUACAUAGUGCUCAGUGGUAGCAAACAGAUGCAAACGACUAGUAUAGCCAAACCAAAACAUUAAAAAAAUGGAUGCAAGCCUGAAGAGAAAAUUGUACAUAAUCCUAACAUAUAUCUAGUAUAGCAUUUAAAAAUAAAUUGAGUUUGUAUCUCUAUGUGACAAAGAUUACCAGCAAGAAUCUUCUUUUUAAAUACUGUGUACCGUUUUGGACAUAUAAUAUAAUACAUAUAUUGUAUUAUCAUAAUAAAGCAUUCAGAUAAUCUAUCAUUUAAAUUUUAAUCUAAUUUUGAAUAUGUAUAACUUCUUUGGGUUUGUAAUGUACCACUGAAAGAAUGAAAGUAAAAAUAAUAAUUUUAUGGGUAUUGUUCACUCUAUAUACAAUAAAACCUACUUCACAAAUGUA